AUAUUUACGUUGUUGCGUUGUUGACGCCACUACUAUGAGGGCUGUCCUGGUACUCUGUCUAUGUCUAACUGUCGCUUUCGCGGCUCAAAUAGGAAGCUACAAACCAUUCCAGUUCAACAGCCCCAAAAGGUACAAUGUAGUUCAAGCGUCCGCCUCGGCCUCCACCUCGGGAAGUUACGAUCCUGGUCGUUACGAUCCUGGUCGUUACGAUCCAGGUCGUUACAAUCCCAGCAGCGACAACUCAGGGCGUUACGUCCCUGACGAUUCUGGCAAAUACAAUGGGGAUCGCGGUGAUCGCGGUGGUGCUGGUGGAUUUUAUACCGGCAGCAGCGACAAGGGAGGUCCAGGUGGAUUCUACACAGGGUCCAGCGAUAGAGGUGGUCCAGGUGGUCCCGGUGGACCUGGCGGAGCAUACACUCCAGAGGCCAAUAACGGUGGAAAGUACAAGCCUGACAGAUUUGGUGCAGGCAGCGGCAGUGGUGGCAACAGGGGAAGUGGCAGCAGCGGCAGCAAAGUAAGCGGCAGUGGCAGUACUUUUGGCAGUGGAAGCAACAGAGGCAGUGGAUUUGGCACUGGCUCUAGUAGUUUCGCUUCUUCUGGCUCGGGUGGCUCAGGUAGCGGGGCUAGUGCUAUUGCCAAACACGAUGGCAGGUACGACUAUAAAUUCGGUAUCAUCCGCCAAGAGAACGACGUUCUUCCUGAUGGAUAUCAUUACCUUUACGAGACUGAGAACACGAUCCUUGCCGAGGAAGCGGGCAAACUGGAGCAAAUAAGUAAAGAUGAAGAUGGUAUAAAGGUUAAAGGAUUCUACCAAUACAUCGGCCCUGAUGGAGUUACCUAUAGAGUAGAUUACGUCGCCGAUGAAAAUGGAUUCCAGCCAAGCGGCGUUCACAUACCCGUAUAAAUCUAGUCGUUAUUUAUAGUCUUAUGAUUCGAGUGUUAGACAAAGUGACUGGAUUAAAUGAUUUUCAGCUAAAUUAAAAAUGUAACUAGUACCUUUAAGUCUUCAAAUCUAAUGGAUUUAAACCACAGAACACAGAAACCUCAUUUCCGUGUUCGGUGGAUUUAAACCAUGUAGGUGUAAAUAAAAAGAUAAGUU